AAUUGAUACAAAAAUGUCUUGGAGAUGAUCCAAAACUUGUAUGCAAUUUUUUUCAUGUUGCCGAAGAACAUGCGUCUUACAUUGUAUUUAUUGAUGAAAUUCAUGCUAUUGGAACUAAACAAAUAACAUUAUUAGAUGAUGUGGAUCUUAAGGAAUUUGUAAUAUCAAGAGAUGAUUUGAGUGUUACUGACAUUAAGGUUUGCUUGCUCUACGAACGUCGUAUGAAAGUAAUCGCUGAAGAUUUUAGGAAAGGGUGUGAGAAAGUUCUUUAUCGCAAGUCUGAAGCUAGAAUACCAAUUAUUGAAUGA